AUGAGUGACUUCUUUCAAGUAGCGGCCACGGAGGAAGAUGACCCCACAUGGAAGUUGAUUCACUGGUACGCCAGAUUCGCCAACCUCUGUGGAUCGAAGCGGAAGGAAAGAGAAACAGAAGUGCGAGAGCUUUUCGAUGAAGAGGCUCGAUCCAACCGAUCAGAUGCCGAUCAGACUUUCGUCCAAGGCACCAGAGAUGUCGAUGUAUCUGUUGUAAGAGCGCCUGAAACUCAGGGGCUUGCAGUUGUAUCCGUCGACCAGGGUCGGGAUAGAGCGGUCAUAGCUGUUCGUGGUUCUGUUUGUGCAACGAAUUUUGUGCAAGCAUGCAAAGUUUGGCCUCGAAAGGAAUCGUUGAUACAAGAUGUCAGCUUUCAUACAGGUUUCGCAGAGGUUGCAGAUGAAUUGAUGGUUGAAAUUCUCCCUAAAUUAAACAAGGAUAUGAGGAUCAGUUUGACGGGGCACAGUCUGGGAGGUGCGGUUUCAACUAUACUUGGAAUGAGGCUCAAGACAAUGGGUUACAAUGUCAAUGAGAUCGUGAUCUUCGGGUCUCCGAAAUACGUUUGGGGCGACUCUGAUAGGUUGGUGAAUUCCUCUCUUUCGGUCCUCAGGAUUGAGCAUCACUUGGAUCCUGUAUGCUCAUUUCCAUCACACCCUGUGAUCAGCUUGUCAGGACACGCUCGGGCUUACUUCUCGGAGCUUAAUGGGAUAGCCAGGGCAGGGUUGGUUCAUAAGGGGUCGUUUAUCUCGGACAAUCUAGCUUCUGCUGACCAAAAUCUAUCCUGUGGCGGACAUCUUAUUUUUGGACCAAUUGAACAGCAUUGUGAGUGGGUGUCUGCCGAUCCCAUUCUUGGUUUCGAAAUUCCGCAGUCACAGUCAUCUUUGGCAUUCGUUGGCUAUCAGCACGUCGGACAGAAGUUGGUAAUAGGCAAGGAAUCCCAAGAUAUGAACACAGCGCCGAACAUGCAGAGCGGGAUGGCUGCACAUCGUUUGAACAGCUACAUAUCGCAUACGCAUUUGCUCUCUGGCGCUGCAAUGCAUCCACAAGUUGUGGACCAAGUUCUCCGGCUAGGCGCAACCGCUGAACAGAUGCCACUGGGUGACUAUGGAGACAUUGGAUCCGUCGCACCAAUGCCUGGAACCUUCAUGUUCUAA